AACAUAGUGAAUAUUCUAAAUGUAGACUCGCCAAUUUACAUCGACGACGGCCUUAUUUGCAUCAGAGUUAAGGAAAAAGAAAAUGAUGAAUUAGGUCCUCAGUAUCUUGACUGCGUUAUUGAGAAUGGUGGGCGACUCGGUUCAAAAAAAGGCGUGAAUCUUCCUGGUGCGCCAGUUGACCUUCCCUCUAUGUCUGAAAAGGACAAGCAAGACAUCCUGUUCGCCGUUGAUAAUAAUUUGGAUAUAAUAUUUGCAUCCUUUAUUCGUGAUGCAAAGUGCAUUCAUGACAUGCGAGAGUUGCUCGGUGAACGUGGAGCUCACAUCAAGAUCAUUGCCAAAAUAGAAAACUAUCAAGGGGUUGAGAACAUUGACGAAAUAAUUGAAGCCGCUGACGGGAUAAUGGUAGCUCGAGGUGACUUGGGUAUCGAAAUACCUUCAGAGAAGGUGUUUUUGGUGCAAAAGAUGGCUAUUGCUCGGUGUAAUAUUGCAGGAAAACCCUGUAUCUGUGCAACACAAAUGCUCGAAUCAAUGACCUACAAGCCCCGUGCCACACGAGCGGAGUCGGGCGACGUUGCUAACGCCGUUCUGGAUGGAGCAGACUGUGUCAUGCUUUCGGGUGAAUCCGCCAAAGGAAAGUAUCCAGUGGAAUGUGUGCGAACGAUGGCGAAAAUCUGUCGGGAAGCGGAGUCGGUGAUCGGUCACACUGAACUCUACAAUGACCUGCGAAGAAUAAUUAAAGUGCCCGCGGACACGACCCUCUCGACGGCUAUCGCUGCGGUCGAGGCCUCUUUGCGCUGCGUGGCCAAGGCCAUCAUUUGCAUCACCAGCAGUGGAACGUAA